UCCCACUUCGUCCCACCAGGAACAGAAUGGGUGGACCCAGAGGACCCCACAGUCAUUGCUGAGAAUGAGCUCCUGGGAGCUGCGGCUGCCAUUGAGGCUGCAGCCAAAAAGCUGGAGCAGCUGAAGCCCCGGGCCAAACCCAAGGAGGCGGACGAGUCCUUGAACUUCGAGGAACAGAUACUAGAAGCUGCCAAGUCCAUCGCAGCAGCCACCAGUGCCCUGGUGAAGGCUGCAUCAGCUGCCCAGAGGGAACUGGUGGCCCAAGGGAAGGUGGGCGCCAUUCCAGCCAAUGCACUGGAUGACGGGCAGUGGUCCCAGGGCCUCAUUUCUGCCGCCCGGAUGGUGGCUGCAGCCACCAACAAUCUGUGUGAGGCAGCCAAUGCAGCUGUCCAAGGCCACGCCAGCCAGGAGAAGCUCAUCUCAUCAGCCAAGCAGGUUGCUGCCUCCACAGCCCAGCUCCUUGUGGCCUGCAAGGUCAAGGCAGACCAGGACUCUGAGGCAAUGAAACGGCUUCAGGCUGCCGGCAACGCAGUGAAACGAGCCUCAGAUAACCUGGUGAAGGCGGCACAGAAGGCUGCAGCCUUUGAAGAGCAGGAGAACGAGACAGUGGUGGUGAAGGAGAAGAUGGUCGGGGGCAUUGCCCAGAUCAUUGCCGCCCAGGAAGAGAUGCUUCGGAAGGAGCGAGAGCUGGAAGAGGCGCGGAAGAAGCUGGCACAGAUCCGGCAACAGCAGUACAAGUUCCUGCCUUCAGAGCUUCGAGAUGAACACUAGGGCGGCCACUUCUGUUUGACGCAGACCCAGCCCAGAGACUGUGCCUGCCACCACCAAAGCCUUCUGGGCUGUCGGGCCCAGCCUGCCACCCCAGCACUGCCCGAAGUGCCUGCCAAACCCCGGGCCUGGCCCUGCCCAGUCCCACUGCACAUCCCCUGUCCCUUCCCGGAUCCAAGUGCCUUCAUGCCCUAGGGCCCCCUAAGUGCCUGCCCCUCCCCAGAGUAUUAACGCUCCGAGAGUAUUAUUAACGCUGCUGUACCUCAGUCCGAACCUGCCAGGGCCCCAGCCCGCUGCACCCCAUCGGCAGCUUCCAGCCAGUCCCCACAGCCUCCGCUCUUCUCCUCCUUUUUGAUACUGGCGAGCCCCACCCCCAGCUACCUGUGGGGGCCGUGAGGGUGCAAGCCCCCAACAGGUCAUGCUCCAAUAAAGGUGAUUCUGCCU